CUGACAAUAAACGUGGUUGUCACUGUUUGAUCCUGAUGGCAAUGCUUGGGAUAUUGACAGCUGCUGCUGUGUUUCUGCAGACAGUCUCUGCCGCCUCUCUCGGGGUUGUUACCACCGAGGGAGGGAAGGUGAAGGGUAAAAGCAUUUACCUUGGGCUCAUCCGUCGCAUGGACGUCUUUAAGGGGAUUCCCUUUGCUGAUAUCCCCGGGAGAUUUGAGAAGCCAAAGCCUCACCCUGGCUGGGAUGGUAUUCUGAAGACCACUGAGUACAGGCCGAGAUGUCUUCAGCUGAACCUUAUCCAAACUGACACCAGAGGCAGCGAGGACUGUCUUUAUCUUAACAUCUGGGUUCCUCAUGGCAGCUCAGUGUCCACCAAUCUGCCUGUUAUGGUCUGGAUCUACGGUGGGGGCUUCUUGAUUGGAGGCUCCAUGGGAGCCAACUUUCUGGACAACUAUUUGUACAGCGGACAGGAAAUCGCAGAUAGAGGGAAUGUUAUUGUGGUUACACUGGGAUACCGUGUUGGAGCUCUGGGCUUCCUGAGCACAGGAGACUCUGACUUGCCUGGAAACUACGGUCUGUGGGAUCAGCAGGCUGCCAUUGCCUGGGUGCACAGAAAUAUUAAAGCAUUUGGAGGAGACCCUAACAACAUCACUCUCUUUGGAGAGUCUGCUGGUGGAGCUAGUGUUAGUUUUCAGACUCUUACUCCUCACAACAAAGGUCUCAUCAAGAGAGCCAUCUCUCAGAGUGGUGUUGGUCUUUGCCCUUGGGCGAUCAACAAAAACCCUCGCAAAUUUGCAGAGGAGGUUGCUCUUAAGGUUAACUGCCCCACGAAUGAAAAAAUGGCUGCCUGUCUAAAGAUGACCGAUCCUGAGGUCCUGACAAUGGCGGGUUCACUCAGUAUGACCAGCUCCCCUGACUCCCCCCUUGUAUACAACCUGGUCCUGUCUCCUGUGGUUGAUGGCGACUUCUUCCCGGAUGAGCCUGGCAACUUGUUUCACAAUGCUGCCGAGAUUGACUUUAUUGCUGGAGUCAAUGACAUGGACGGGCAUCUCUUCACUGGUUUGGAUGUUCCGUCUGUCAAUUCUCAUCUGGUGGACACCUCUAUUGAGGAUGUGAAGAGGCUCUUGGGUGCCUUGACUCAGGAGAAAGGCAGUCUUGGUUUGGACAACGCCUAUUCCACAUACAGCUUAGAUUGGGGAUCGAGUCCCAGCAGGGAGACCAUCAAGAAAACUGUUGUGGCCAUUGAAACGGACUACAUUUUCCUGAUCCCUACACAGGCUGCCCUUUAUCUUCAUUCUGACCAUGCCACAACUGGACGCACCUACUCCUAUAUCUUUUCUGAGCCCAACCGUAUGGGUGGCCUUAUCAUGCCCUACCCCGGCUGGAUGGGAGCCGACCAUGCCGACGAUCUGCAGUAUGUGUUCGGAAAGCCAUUCACCACACCCCUUGGAUACUGGCCUCGCCAUCGCAAUCUCUCCCGCUACAUUAUUGCCUACUGGACCAACUUUGCCAAAACUGGAGAUCCUAACAAAGGAGACAUGAAAGUGCCUGCUACCUGGCCAGAAUUCACGAGCACAGGACACCAGUACUUAGAACUCCAUUCUAAGAUGGACAAGAACUACGUGGGACAGAAGUUGAGAAUGCGCUUUGUGCAUUUCUGGACCAGUGUUUUGCCCAACCUGCCCACAAUUUUCUCAGAGUAAAAACAACAACAAAAAUCAGCCUGAUCCUGUGAAUUCAUAAUGCAAACCAGAUCCUGUACUGCAAAACUAUUGAUUCAUGAAAAAAAUAAAUGCAUAAAAAAAUUUGGUCU